GCCCGCGCACCAGGAGAAGUUGGAUUUGGAACCAGUUCUUUGUGAUAGAAGAAUAUGCUGGACCUGAACCGGUGCUUAUUGGCCGCCUCCACACUGACAUGGAUAGGAACGAUGGACGCACUAAAUAUGUCCUACGAGGCGAGGGGGCUGGCUCUGUCUUUGUGAUCGAUGAGAAGACAGGAAACAUCCACGUCACCAAGCCACUGGACCGCGAGGAGAAGGAUGAGUACCGCCUCAUUGCCACGGCCACCGACAGGCAAACAGACCGCGCCCUAGAGCCCUCAUCACAGUUCAUAAUUCGGGUGCAGGACAUCAAUGACAACCCACCUGUCUUUGACGAAGGCCCUUACAGCGCCAUCGUGCCUGAAAUGGCAAAUAUAGGCACUUCGAUAAUCCAGGUGACAGCGACAGAUGCUGACGACCCGACAUAUGGGAACAGUGCCAGACUAGUGUACACACUGGUGCAAGGCCAACAGUACUUCUCAGUUGAUCCCCAGACAGGUAUUCUGCGCACAGCUGUCCCGGACAUGGACAGGGAGACCCAGGACCAGUACCUCGUGGUCCUCCAAGCCAAGGACAUGGGAGGCCACUUAGGAGGAUUAUCUGGGACCACCACCAUCACGGUGACCCUCUCUGACGUCAAUGACAACCCCCCACGCUUCACUCAGAGUAUGUGGUCCUUCUCAGUAUCCGAGCUGGCCAUCCCAGGUGCUGAAAUAGGACGUAUCUCAGCAAGCGACGCUGAUCUCGGCGACAAUGCCAAGUUGGAGUAUACAAUCCUGGAGGGGGAGACUGGCGAUACGUUCAACAUCACUGGAGUCGAACAAGAAGCCAUCAUCAUAUUAAACAAGGCUGUAGACUAUGAAAGCCGCAGUUCCUACUCUUUCUCAGUGGAGGUUCUCAACCCUACCGUCGACCCUCGCUUCCUGCGUCGAGGAUCUAUUAAAGACCGAGCUUCAAUCAGAGUAGCAGUCCUGGAUGCAGACGAACCUCCAAGGUUCUCCAGGGCACGAUACCACAUGGAUGUUUCAGAAAACUGCCCCCCAGCCUGCACCGUGGGCCGAGUCAGCGCUGUCGACCCAGAUACUGGUCUCACUAAUAACAUCAGGUUCUCCAUUGAUCCUCAGUCAGACCCAGAGGCUCUGUUUCGCAUCACCCCAGACUCUGGCCUCAUCACUACAGCCGUGGAACUAGACCGGGAACGUGAGCACUGGCACAACAUUACUGUCAUUGCCACCCAGAGAGACAACCCCAGCCAGGUGUCUCGGGUUUUGGUUGCAAUUGAGACGUUGGACCUGAAUGACAAUGCUCCAGAACUGGACAGGCAGUACACAACGGCCAUGUGUGACUCAUCCAGCAUCGGAAAGGUGGUGCAGGUGUUGCGGGCGAUUGAUAGAGAUGAGGGAGGCAAUGACAGCACUGUGUAUUACAGCAUCCCUCCAGAGUCCAGCGUCGCCCUCAACUUCAGUGUCAGGGACAGUGGUGGUCCCACGGCGAGCUUGGUUUUGCUGUCCCAGCUGCAGCCGCUCUCUCGUUCUCCAUCUUCCACUCUAACACUUUACGUGCCACUGGUUCUAAGAGAUGGAACAUCGGGUCUCACCAGCACUGGGACUGUCACAGUGUCAGUCUGUCCCUGCCUCAGAGGAGGGGCAAAGACUGGGGAGAGGGAGAAGGGCAAACAGGCUGAGGGGCAAUGGGACUGGGAACGAGAAGCGGCGUGUCUCCCCCAGCACUCCACGUUGCCUUCGCCUGGCCUCAGUACUGCAGCUCUGCUGGCCAUAUUGGCAUGUGUUGCAACUCUACUGGCGGUGAGUGCCCUGUCAUUGUCGUUGAGGCGUCAAAAGCGUGACUCACUGUCACCAUUGGAAGAUGAUGACGUCCGGGAAAACAUCAUCACGUACGACGACGAGGGUGGCGGUGAGGCUGACACGGCUGCCUUUGACAUCGCGGCACUCCAGAGCGCCCCCCACAGUUCGCGCUCACGUGGCUAUCGCACGCUGGACAGCAGGAACGUACGCUACACCCAACGUGGCCACAAUAAAAGCCGUACCUGCACCUGGGCUCAGAAUUCAGUGGUUGAUCACAACUACUCAGGCCCGGGAGGACCGUUUUAUGGCCGCCUCUGCUACAGCAGCCACACACUACCAGUUCUACGCCGUGCACCAGGCGAAACAUUUGAACCAGGUCUGGCAGAGCUUGGAUACCGCUUUCCUGGAGUCCAACCGGACCACUCAUUGGUCAUCCGAAACCAAGGUGCCGUGGUAGGCCCAAUCGAGUCAGGGGCUGUGUACAUAACACCCACAGAUCUCAGCGCAGGAAGCCGAACGGGAAGUCAUGCGGGUAGCCGCGAUGGGACUGCAACUCAGAGUGGUGUGAGCACUUCGGAUGAAGGAACACCACGAACUUGUGACAGCCAGGAGAAACGACGAGGGAUGAGAACGUCAAGCAACUGUACUGAGGAGAGCAAUGAAGACAAAGUGAACCACAGCCACGAUAUGGACUGGGUGCAGUCGGAGACACUACCAAGGGACCAUAACCUCGUCCCGACUCGAUCUGGCUCCAUGAUUGGCCAGAGUCAUGGCUGGGUGUGCGAUUCAGCCACCCUGCCAAUGGCGGGGCGCAAGGCCUCCCGUGCUGGCCUGCCUCCAAAAGGUGCUGAGUCUGACUGCAGCGGAGGAGCAGGAGGAAGCGGAAAUGCAACUGGGACUACCACCACUGAUGGACAACAGAAAGCUAUCAAUGGUCGCAACUAUCCCACUGUCUCACAGGGGGAGGUACGAAGACAGAAAGAGACAUCUGGCAGUCUGGAUAGAGGAGGACUAGAGAUGGGGAGCAACUUUGUGGUGGCAAGGCCAGAAAGAGAAGGUGGAAUAUCAUUGACUGGUAGUCCAUCUAUCUACGCGGAAUCACCUGGUUUUAUUGGAGAAUGGCGCGAUCGUGUGGCUUUGGGUGGCUAUGUGUUAGCAAGAAUGGAUAUGACCCCCCAGCUAAUGCCUUUCCCAGGUCAGCCUCGAGGAGGUUAUGGGGGAGUGCUUGGCAUUGGUCCUGGAUGGGUUCCAGGUAUUGAGGCGGCCAGAGGAGCACCAGGGACGGGAGGACCCCCUUUGGCUCUGAGAGUGGGCGAAUUCCUACGCCUACGUCUUGCCCAGGUCACAUUUGACCCCUCGCAACCACCGUAUGAUUCAGUGCAGAUCUAUGGCCUGGAGGGUACCGGUUCCCGAGCGGGAUCCCUGAGCUCACUUGAGAGUGAAGGAGAGAAAGAUGCAGAUAAGGAAGACUGGGGUGCCGGAUUGGAGGAGUGGGGGCCCCAGUUCCACAACAUAGCUCAACUCUUCCGAGACCGAGAGAAAGAGAAAGAAGAGAAGGAAAAAGUUGAAGAUGGUACCAAAGAGGAGACAAAGGAGCCAGAUAAAAGAGGGGGAGGAAGGAAGGAGAGAGGGGUUAAUAUGAAAGGAAAGAAUGAUGGAUAAAAUAAGAGAAAAAUAGUAAUACGGGAGAGAAUGAAUAGAAGGAAGAGUAUGAUGAAGACUACCAGAACUAGACUAAUGUGAAGAGAAGUUUAAGGAGAGAAAGAUGAAGAAGCAAAAUAAUAAAAAGAGACAGAGAAAAAUGAGUCCAGGGAGGGUGGAGAAAAGGGGAGGUGUGAUUGAUGUAAUUUAAAGCAAUAAGUGUUGAAGCGGUGAUGUGGUUGAGCAUAGAUAGUAUUGAGACAAUGUGGAUGGUGCUUCUGCUGGUAGCACCAAAUAUUUGUUAAAAAAAACUUGGG